GAUAUAGCAGCAGGCUUACGCGUAUGGACCGAGGCUACCAUAGGCUUCAGGUAUUCAAUCUCGAGAACAGAAUGUCUGCCACUAUACUCAAAGAACAAUACCCUGAUUCUCGAAUCAUCUGUAUAUGCGGAGAUGAAAGUAUGGAGGAUAUCACUCUCGGAAUUAAACAACCAUGACCCAAAGUGCCGCAUGAUUGUUCAAGUGACCGUAUUUUCGUCGUCGGCCUACUCUUAUCAAACCGUAUAAGAAGAGCCAUGAAUCUCAGUUACAGCUUAUAGUCACUUCACUCAAGAGUCGCCUAUACAAAUUUCGCGCAUACUAACAUGUCUACCAACAGCAAAAAGGGAUCUUUGAUCAUUGCCGGGUCUGGCAUUGCGUCCAUCCGACACAUUACUCUCGAAACCCUCUCUUACAUCGAAAACGCGGACAAGGUCUAUUACAUCGUCACCGACCCUGCUACGGAAGCCUUCAUUCAAGAGAAAAGCAGAGGCAACUUUGCUGACUUGACCAUUUAUUAUGAUAAGGACAAGUCUCGCUAUGAAAGCUACGUCCAAAUGAGCGAGGUUAUGCUACAUGAUGUUCGGGCAGGUAUCCAAGUCGUCGGAGUCUUUUAUGGCCACCCUGGUGUCUUUGUUUCUCCCUCGCACAGGGCCAUUGCGAUCGCUCUUGACGAAGGAUUCCAUGCUAAAAUGCUUCCAGGCAUUUCGGCCGAGGACUACAUGUUCUCUGACCUCGGGUUUGAUCCUGCCAUCCCAGGAUGCAUGACCCAGGAGGCAACUAGCAUUGUGAUUCACAACAAGGUGCUGGACCCUACUAUUCACAACAUUAUCUGGCAAGUUGGGAGCGUUGGCGUUGACACAAUGGUGUUCGAUAACGGUCUAUUCCACCUUCUUGUAGACCAUCUCGAGAAGUAUUUUGGCCCGAAUGACAAAGUCAUCCACUACAUUGGAGCUGUUCUACCCCAGUCCGUGACAGUCAAGGACGAAUUCACAAUUGCAGAGCUACGCAAAGAGCGCAUCAUCAAACAGAUCACGACUGUCUCUACAUUCUAUGUGCCACCCCGUGAAAAAGCACCAGUUGUACAGAGUCUUCCGGAGGUACUCAAAUCCAGAUUCACUACAUCUAUAGUCUCCCCCAUCGCCUACGGAGAAUUUGAGCAUAACGCGGUCAGCCGCAUCGCGAACCAUAAUAUCCCUGUUGAUCAUGUAGAACUUCGGGCGUCUGCUGCGGUACGGAAGUUCAUGAUCGAUCUUGCACUGAAGCCAGAUCUCCAGGAUCGCUACAAGAAGGACCCAGUUGCUGUGACUAAUGCCAUUCCAGAGUUGACCGCCGAAGAGAGGUUUGCUCUUGGACUUGGAAAACCUGGACCUGUCAGUGUCAUUAUGCGUGCAACUAAAUCAGACCUUGCAGCUGGAAAUUUCCCUACCUCUGAAACGAUUGCUGAUUCUGUUGGAUCGGAUGGGCUGAACGCUGUUACGUCUCUUACUGUUGUUGUUGUGACACUUUGACACACUUUGAUCAGGCCUUUUUGAGGUAUUAGACUUCCACAGUAAAUUUGUAAUUACGCCUCGAAAUUUUCCCUUUUUGUUCCUGUUAGUUUGCGCUAUGGCUCGCAGAAAACAUGUC